UCCAGUGGAUGGAAAUGCUCUUCUCAGGUCCAGGGUAGCAGCCUAUGAAAUCCGGCAAUGCUAGAUUCGCUCGGAAGCCUUGUAGAGAUGUUCGCAUGCACAUUCAUUCCACGGCGCCUCCCGGAUCGGAAAGCGGAGGCGCGAUGUCAACGCAGGUCUCACGGCAUUCACCAUAUUCGUACUUAAGCUUUGCUCUAUCAGCACCGUGCUCGCGCGAAGUUACUUCUCCAUCUACACUGGCCGCGACCAGCUCAUGACGAGCGACCACACACCAUGACCUCCUUCCUCAUCCGCGACGUCCAAGUCUUCACCGGCGAAGACACCAUCCCAAACGGCUAUGUCCAUGUAUCUGAUGGCAAGAUCAAAGCAGUAGGGCCCAUGUCCGCCAUCCCCGAGCUCUCGAUCCCGACGCACUCUCGACCAGGCCACACCCUCCUGCCCGGCCUGAUCGACGCGCACAUCCACGCCGACAUGGCGAACCCAACAGCCCUCCCCCAGGCCCUCCGCUUCGGCGUCACCACCGUUUGCGAGAUGCACAACGAGCUCGCGAACGUGGUGAAGCUCAGGAAACAAGCGCGUGAACCCGACACGGCGGCGUACAAGACCGCGGGGCAGGCCGCAACCAUCGAAAACGGGUGGCCGAUCCCCGUCAUCACGGCGCACGACAAGAGCGCCGAGACGGCGGCCGAGAUCGCAAAGUGGCCGAAGCUGUCCUGUAGAGAGGACGUGGUCGAGUAUCUAGACUGGAUGGAAGCAGAGAUGCAGCCCGAUUACAUCAAGCUGAUGCACGAGUCUGGGACGAGCAUGGGGUGGCCUUUAGCCAAACCCAGCGUCGGCCUCCAGCGCAUCAUCGUCGACGAGGCCAGCAAGAGAGGCCACCUCACCGUCGCGCAUGCUACCUCGUUGCAGGAUACGCUGGAGGUGCUGGAGGCGGGGGUGCAUGGGCUCACGCACACCAUCUGCGACCAGCCGCCGACGCAGGAGCUCGUGGAUGCGUAUAAGCGGCGGAAUGCGUGGGUGAAUCCGACGCUGGCGACGAUGGGGAGUCUCACAGGCGAGGGGAGGGAGCUGCAGGAUCGGUUUGCGCAUGAUCCGCGCGUGAAGGGACUCAUCGACGAGUCUGCAGUACAUAAUUUGUGCAACUGCAUGGGUUUCGCGGCGCAGCAUGGGAAAGUCGAGUAUGCGUACGAGAGCGUGCGGAUGCUGAAGGAGGCUGGUGUCGAUAUCCUGUGCGGCAGCGACGCUGCCGGUCCCGCGGUUGGCACGGCCUUCGGCCUAUCCAUGCACCAGGAGCUGUACGUCUACGUCCACAAGAUCGGCAUGACGCCCGCCGAGGCACUCCGCUCGGCGACCAGCCUUGUUGCGAAGCGCUUCAAGUUUGCGGAUCGCGGGAGACUGGCCGAGGGCCUGAAUGCGGAUUUGCUGCUCGUAGAGGGCGAUCCUUUGGCCGACAUUAAUGCAACGUUGAACAUCCGGGGGGUGUGGCGUGAGGGCCGGAUGUGUAGUGUUCAUCAGGGGAAGUUGGAGGAGUGAGAUGAUUAGGAUGGUGGAAGGGGAUGUAGCUGGACUACGUUGAGCGCUCGGACAGGUGGUGCGGAUGAAGGUAGAGGCAUUAUUGUUCGCAAGGAUGCUACUAG